CAGCCUGACUCCGGACGGGGGUCCUUGGGCCGCUCGACUAGAAGACGAAGGGGGCGUCUCCCCAUCUUCUGCGGCGUCGGUGGCGAGCUAAGGUGGAGGAAGGCUGCGGCAGCGACGGCGACAGCGGCGGCAGCACCAUGGAGGGGCUCGCAGGAUCCUUGCUGCCUUGGUGAUCCCAGGCUGACAGCCAGAGAGCACAGCGGCUCAGCUCCUGGAGAGAGAGUCGAAGAAAACGGAGGGCAGCCACCUGUGCCUGCUGGCUCCCAUUAGGUCGGUUCCUGCAGCGGUGCCUGGCAGCCUUGGUGAAGGCCCUGCCCGGCAGAGAUCAUGUAUUGCCUCCAGUGGCUGCUGCCCGUCCUCCUCAUCCCCAAGCCCCUCAACCCCGCUCUGUGGUUCAGCCACUCCAUGUUCAUGGGCUUCUACCUGCUCAGCUUCCUUCUGGAACGGAAACCUUGCACAAUAUGUGCCUUGGUUUUCCUGGCAGCCCUCUUCCUUAUCUGCUAUAGCUGCUGGGGAAAUUGUUUCCUGUACCACUGCUCCGAUUCCCCACUUCCGGAAUCCGCCCAUGAUCCUGGUGUUGUGGGCACCUAACAGCUGCCGAAAUAGCUUUCCGAGGAAGCAGAAGACGGGAGGGGAGGUACUGACAUAGGUCAUAAAGCAUUUGGAGUUUCAAAUCCCGCAACCCUGCGGGUGCCACAUUCCUGAUGGAGCCUUUUGGCCUGUGAUGUUUUAUCCUUACAAUGUGAAUAAUGGCACUGACCAGUG